AUGAACGACUACUGUUUCCUGUCUGAAAUGAACCAUUCAUUAACGUUAGCUUAUAUCACGACAAGUUGCUGGCUAGGUGUGUUUCUAUUUUGUUUUGUGUCUACGUUAUUUAGACAGGUGAAUGUCCGUUGUGGUUUUGAUGUUUUUACACUUCUCGAGCCACAACAGGUUAGUUAGUCAUGAUACCUCAGAGUAAAGACUUCCUCGUGCGCAUCUCCUUCUACUGGAAGCCGCUUUUUACAGGGAAAUACUUAAUUGUGACCAACAUUAUUAGUAGUGGAGGAAUGCUUGCUCUUGGGGACUGCAUUCAGCAGAGCAGAGAGAAGAGACAGACACCGACUAAGAUCCGGGACUGGAAGCGCACAGGGCGUAUGUUUGCAGUUGGAUGUACCAUGGGACCAUUUAUGCACUACUGGUAUCAGUGGUUGGACAGGGUAUAUCCAGGAAAAAUUGUAAAGGCCGUUGCCAAGAAAGUCCUGAUAGACCAGCUUGUUGCCUCGCCACUUUUUGGAGCGUGGUACUUCAUAGGUAUGGGUGUGAUGGAGGGUCAUGGCUGGCGCAAAGGUUGCACUGAGUUUAAAGGGAAAUUCUGGGAGUUCUAUAAGGCAGACUGGUGUGUUUGGCCGACCGCACAGAUGAUCAACUUCUACUUCUUGCCAGCCAAGUUUCGGGUGUUGUAUGUAAAUACAAUUACACUCGGAUGGGACACCUACCUCUCAUAUCUCAAGCAUAGGGACAGCCAACAUGUUGAUGAAUUGGUGCCAGAGGACUCCUCAUUGUCUCCUCCUUCAGCGACAGCCCUGGAUGAUAAACUGUAGUGCCACACAAAUUCCAGCUUUAAUGUCAGAUUUUAAAUAUUAGUACUAGUAUAUUAGUAUGAGUAAUUCUUUUAGUACAUAGACAUAUAACUGCCUUAAUUACUCACAUCAGUUAUUCAAAUCAAGGUGAUCCACUAAACAAGGUCAUACAGCCGUACUGAACCAUAUCAGGUAUUCUCAAAACAUGUCUGGACAUGUUCACAUUCUUACUAAUGAAGGGAAUUGUAGUCUUUGUCAGUGGGUGGAGUUCCAUUUGCUAUCAAGCUGCAGUUCUUUAGUUCUUCAUGGCAUAGAUUCCACAAGAUAAAAAAUUAAAUACAAAUAACCAAUAAAAUAGAAAGUAUAACAUAGAAAAAGAAAGAUGGAAACAUGGAUUAUAUAAUUGGUGUAGGCUUUUUUGUUACACUUUUAUGCUGUGACUCUCCUGUUCCACAUCGCAAAGGUGUUCCACUGGAUUCAGCUUCGGGGACAGGGAAGGACAACAAACUCUUUGUCACAUUUAUAAAACCAGGUGACUUUUGUGUGCCAAAACAAGAAGAGUCAAUUGUGUUCAUGAAAGCAUGCACAUGGUCAGCAACAGUACUGUGGGAUUUAAAUUACUCAUUAUGGGUCCAACUACAUUACACCACCAGCAGCCUAGCGUAAACAGAAGGCAGGCCUCAUGGAUUCAUGCUGUUGACACCAAAUUCUGACCUUAACAUCUGAAUGCUGCUUCAGAAAUAAUGACUAGCUGAAGCUUUUUCUUUUUUCAUCUGUCAAGUUUCAGUGAGACUGCAGCUGACCCUGAUGUGGUUUUCUGCUAUUGUGGCCCAGCUAUGCUAAGCGUCAAUAUACAGUGCAUUCUGAACUACUUUUCUGUUCAUUAUGGUAGUAACAUGUGAUUAGCUGAGCUACCAUAGCCUUCAUGUCAACCCUGACCUCACUCAGCAACAAGGUGUUACUUCUCUGAGAACUGCCACCCAUUAGUUUUUUGUUUUCUUUGAACCAUUUUGAGGAAUUUCUUGAGACUGUUUAUGCAUGAUGAUCCCCAGUUUAUGAAAUAUACAAACCAUCAGGUGACAACAUCCAUGUUUCUGUCAUAAUCACUAAAAUCACAUUUUUCCCCAAUUCAGGUGUGGACUGAAACUUUUGAACCAUAUUUUACGUAUUCCACUUUGGCUACGCGAUUGGCUGUUAUGGAUUACUGAGUGCAGGGAUGCACAUUUUCCUAAUUAAGUGGACUGCAGUUAAAUAAUACUGCAUUGCAAAUGAUGUUUACUUCAAAUCUAGCCAGGUGGACCUGAAGCUGCUCCAUUUACAAAGCCAGUUCUCAUAACUCAUUUACCAACUUUACUAAUAACUAGCUAAAAUAACAAAUUUUUCCUCAUAAAUAAGCAGUAUUUUUAUGUCUAAAUUCUAACUUCUAAAAUUUAGAAGUAAACCUGAUGCCCAGUGAACUGCAGCUGAGGUUUUAGAGAUUUUUACUCACUUACUUGUAACACUCCACCACUGCCACUUGUUUCAGUGAACUGAACCUCCACUGCAUUCCUGAUUACUUAGAUAUUUAUUACAAAUGAAAACAGUUGCAAGAUUUAUUUGUUAUACUAUUUUUUGAAGAUUUGUGUGAAAAUAAUAUUUUGUCUGUUUUAUUUUAUCUGACUAAUUUACAAGUAACUCUGCUGCUGUUGCAGUUUUUGCAAGAGAACUUACACUUGUUAUUCCCUUUAUUAAGAACACAAUCAGGCAUCAUGUGUUGGCAGCAUGGGGCAUAAAAUUCUGCAAUCCUCAUCUUUAUUAUAUCUGUUGGGUGUUCUAGUACAAGUGUUGUACUAUUAUAAUAAUAAUAAUAAUAAUGUUUUAUUAUUUUAUCUUUUUUUUAUUUAAUGGCUGGCUGCUGAUCCUACUAUUUAUUAUAACUGUUUCAGAUCUCUACUGGAAACGUGCUCUGUAUGUACAACAUAUAGACAGAUAUCUGUCCUAUACUUUUAUGUACAAAGUUAUUUAAAUAGUAAUUAUCCUUUAUGCUUUGGUGUAUCUGUCAGUGUUUAAAGUGGUUUACAGUUAUAAUUUCUCUAAUUGAAUAAUUCAGAUUGCUUAUGUGGUUUCAUUAAAUGGUGUUAAAUUGUGUGUUUAAAUUGUGACCAUCCAAAUUGUGUGCAAUUGUGUACUUUCCUGGAUGUAUUUAGAAAUAAUUUCCUAGAGAAAAAUCUUCUAUUUAAAACUGAAAAAGAAAAAAAUCAGACUCCAUAUUUGCUGAUCAACUACAUUUGCAGCUAGUGAAAUAUGAGUGAAUUAUGUUUUUUUUCCUUUUUUCCCCCAUUUUGUGAGGGUUGAAGAAAUGUCUCUAUCUAUUUGUAAGGUGUCUUUAUCUAUUUUUUUCUACAGAGGUUAAAGCUAGCUUUACCAAAACAUUUACAGAUCUGUGUGACUGUAAAUGUACUUGCAGAAAUAAAACUCAUCAUCAAAAGAAUUUGAA